AUGAUUCCAGCUACCGAAAACAACCAAGUGCUUAUAGAAAAAGCUCGAGGUCUCCGACAUCUUAUAGAGGGUCGGUCACGGGCAAGGAAUUUAAUGACUGAGCUCAACGCCCCGCAGCAGAGCGGAGCCUCCUCCUCGCGAGAAGACGUAUUGAGGAGACUCUUUGGGCAUGCUGGGAAGGGAGUAUAUGUCGAGCCUCCUCUGUUCGUGGAUUACGGAUGCAACAUCCGCGUAGGCGACGGGUUCUAUGCAAACUUCCAUCUGACUGUCCUUGAUUGUGGACUUGUGACUAUCGGCAACAAUGUGUCAAUUGGUCCCAAUGUCAGCAUCAUCACAGGAGAGCAUGAAACGCAACUCGAAGCGCGGAGGGCACAUCCAGGGCUGGAAUUCACGAGAGAAAUAACUAUCGGCGAUGAUUGUUGGAUUGGAGCCAAUGUUAUUAUCCUGGCUGGAGUGACAAUUGGCGAAGGAAGCUCGAUUGGCGCUGGAUCUGUGGUUAAAAAAGCUAUUCCACCUUUCAGCGUUGCUGUUGGCAGCCCUGCUCGAGUCGUCAGGUCUGCAAAGGAGAGCUAG